AUGCCACCCAAGCGCAAGUCCGAAGGAGCCACGAUGGCAGACGAAAGCGCCAACACACCAUCCAAGCGUGCUCGCAAUGCUGCUACCAAUGCUGUAGCUUCAGGCAAAGGAACCUCCUCGACCGCUGGCAGCCCCCAGAUUGGCGAGAAGAGAAAGCGAGGUCGUCCACGCAAAAGCAUUGAGGAGUCGAUUCCUGAGCCCUCCGAUGAACCUAAGCGCGGACGAGGACGUCCUCGAAAGGUACUCUCCGAAGCGGAUCUUGCUGCAGCAGCUGCAGCUACAGCUUCGCCAGCUGCCAAGAGAGGGCGUGGAAGACCGCGCAAGGAGCCAGGCACCGCGACAGCUACCCCGUCUACAACACCCAAGAAUGGUCGUGGGCGCCCCCGUAAAGAGCCAGGCACAGCCGCAGCUACCUCCACUACAGCUCCUGAGAAGAAAAGUCGCGGGCGUCCCCGCAAGGUUCCUGCGUCUGCACCAACGUCCCCAGCAGUAACGAAGAAAGCCGGCCGCGGGCGACCGCGCAAGAGCCUGCCUACCAAUGGCGCAACAAGUGUCGUUGAGCCCAAAACCAAGGCAAAUGAGGAAACCGAGGGAAGCCUUCCCGACGAGAAGCCGAAACCGAACACCGAAUCUACCACCGAAUUUACCACCGAUAGAGCACCAUUGAAGGACACUGGUCGCUCAUACUGGCUGAUGAAGGCGGAACCGGAGUCGCGCUUGGAGAAGGGGGUCGAUGUCAAGUUCUCGAUUGAUGAUCUGGCUGCUGCGAAGGCGCCAGAGCCCUGGGAUGGAGUGCGCAACCCUGUUGCACGGAAUAUCAUGAAGGAGAUGAAGCAAGGAGAUUAUGCAUUCUUCUAUCACUCCAACUGCAAGGUCCCCGGAGUGGUUGGAGUGAUGGAAAUUGUGAAAGAACACUCGGUUGAUGAAUCCGCCUUUGAUCCCAAGCACCCUUACUACGAUCCCAAGUCCAGCCGCGAUGCUCCCAAGUGGGUGGUGGUGCACGUCGAGUUCCGCCGCAAGUUCGACAAGCAGGUCACGCUGAGCGAUCUCAAGGAGCAUGCCCAGCCUGGCAAGGGCCUCGAAAACCUCCAAACCCUCAAGCAAUCACGGCUCAGUGUAUCCUCGGUGACCCCAGCACAAUGGAAGUACAUCCUCCAACUGGCCGGCGAGGAUCCACAAGCGAAGGCCUAG